AUGUUCUUCAUCAAAGAACUGACUCACACUAUUCUUUUGCACCCUUCGUAUUUCGGCCCCCGCAUGCUCAACUUCCUUGAAACAAAACUAUAUUCCGAUGUAGAAGGCACAUGCUCAGGUUCAUUUGGCUAUAUCAUCGCCGUGGUUUCGAUCCUGGAUAUUGGCAAGGGGAUGGUGUUGAGCGGGAGCGGGCAGGCAGAGUUCAUCACGAGGUAUCGCGCGAUUGUGUUCAAGCCGUUCAAGGGUGAAGUGGUCGACGGGGUCGUGAACAAUGUAAACAAGAUGGGUUUCUUCGCAGACGUCGGGCCAUUGACAGUGUUCGUUUCACAUCAACUCAUUCAUCCAGAUAUGAAGUUCGAUCCUACGUCCAACCCACCUUCGUUUGCUUCGGAUGAACAGAUCAUCGAGAAGAACACUCGUGUGCGCCUGAAGAUUGUCGGUACGCGUGUGGAUGCAACAGAGAUUUUUGCUAUUGGUACGAUAAAGGAAGACCAUCUCGGUGUAAUUGACUAA